AAGCAACAACAACAACAACUCAACACAGUUAUCGGUUGGAUUUUGCUUUAUUUAUUGUUUCAUUUGUCCAUGGAAGAACCUCCAUUUUAAGUCCCCUUUCUUUUUCCUUAACCUUUCUCUCUCCUCUCUCCUCUCUCCUAUCUCUUUCUUUCCUUCUCCCCCCCUCUCUCUCUCUCUCCUCUCUCCUCUCUCCAGAAAAAAAAAGAGCUGUUUUACCCACACAACUUCCAUGGAUGACGACGGAUUGAACAUGCGAAAUUGGGGGUAUUACGAGCCUUCAUUCAAAGAACAUCUCGGUUUACAACUAAUGUCUCCUCUCACAGAUCAUCGAGACACAAAAUCUUUCUUAUCUUCCCGAGAUAACCCCCUCAUGAUGAACCAAAACGGAGCAUCAUCCAUGGCGGCGGCUUACCACCACCGCCCACAAAACUGCGUCGUUUCAGAAGCACCGAUACCUCUUCAUUACAUGAGAGACAGCUGGAUACAACGAGAACGACUCCUCCAUAUGCUUCCCGGAAACCCAAAUUUCUCUCUUCUUCCCGAUGCUUCCGCUUCCAAUUCAAUGCACAUGAUGCAACAACAACAACAACAACAACAACCCAUCGAUCUCCCAAAAGACACUCUCGACGACAAUGGUGGUGGAGUUGGCACUGGCGGCGACACCGGCGGCAGUGGUCCUGUGAAGAAAAGAUCGACAACAAACCCUAAAACCCCACGAGCAAAAAAACCGAGAAAACCUCCAGGUGUACCCAAAGAAAACGGCGGCAACCACCAUGGUCAAAGGUCAAAGGUUGUGAAGAGAAGUAUGGAUGUGGUGAUAAACGGGAUUGACAUGGACAUUUCUGGUAUUCCUAUACCUGUUUGUUCAUGUACAGGGGCACCUCAGCAGUGUUACAGGUGGGGCUCCGGUGGGUGGCAGUCGGCCUGUUGCACCACCACCAUAUCGAUGUAUCCAUUGCCGAUGAGCACUAAAAGACGUGGUGCAAGAAUUGCAGGGAGGAAGAUGAGUAAUGGCGCUUUCAAGAAAGUGUUGGAGAAAUUAGCAUCCGAAGGUUAUAACUUUGCGAAUGCGAUUGAUUUGAGGCUUCAUUGGGCAAAACAUGGAACUAACAAGUUUGUAACAAUCAGAUAGAUGAGAUGAUGAGAUGAGAUCAUGUGAUGUGACUUUUUUAAGUUGUUUUGAAGAGGUGGUAUACUUACUUGCCAAUGGAUAUUUCAGUUUUUUUUUUUUUUUGGAGCUGUAGACAUUUGGGGUUCCAUUUUUAUUUCAAUUUAUGCUUAAAAACAAAAGGAUAUGAUAUUUCUUGGUAACUUAACGCUAGAUUUAUGGUUCAAGUUUUUUGUUGUUUUAACUUAUAAUCACAUUGAAUGGAUAUUUUAUUAUCUCU